CGAACUUUAACCGUUAAUAAAAUAAUAAAUCGUUUUUGGUACCUAAUAAAUUUGGCAAAAAAAGCCAAAUUACGCGUAAUUAGCGCAAGUUUGCUAAUAAAGUGUCAAUUUUACUUUCUCGACAUAAUUUACCAAGCAAAUUUCGAUUCUAUGCUCGUGACGUCAGUAAACAAUUCGUUUACAUCUUACAAAUGUAAAAUUUUAUUAAUCGUUUUAUUUGAAAAAUUUCGUUGAAAUUUUUAAAAAUCAAAACAAUUUCGGCCAUGUUAUGACGUCAUGACAAUCAGAGGUUUAUUUUGGUCCCAAAUGUAACGACUUGUGAUCUAGUGGUCGCGUCAGAACAAUAAAACAAAAGCGUUGCGAAAUUGAAACGUCAGUCAAAUUCCGUUGUAUUAUUUUGAUGAAUCGACAAAAUUAACCAAAAUGGCAGAUCAGGCUGGCGAUUCUCCCAGCGAGAAUAAAUACACACAUAGCUUCGAGACAGAGCCCCCUUAUGAAACGCGAGAGUACAAGUUUACCUAUCCCUCAAUUAUGGAGGCUCAAAUCCGGAAGUUGAAACAUGGGUUAGAGAAUUGGAGGGAGAUCAUCCUGGAGGCUAAAAGAGUGUUUGUUUGGGAGAAACAAUGGCACCCCACAGCGAUUAUUGGCGGAAGCACAAUCCUUUUUACGUUUUUAUGGUUGUUAGAACCGAGUAUUUUGACAGUAUUUUCAGUUUUUGGUUUAGUGUUGACCAUUUUUGAUUAUUUGAUUCCGUCAAUUGGUGGCUCUAUGUUCAAGCCAGAGAUGUGGACGGCACGAAAAGAACAGGAGUACGAGGAGUUUUGCACUAACGUUAUUUUGUAUAAAGCUAGAUUAGAGUUGUCUUGGGCUCGGUUUUAUAAAAUGAAGAGCACCAACAGAAAAAUGUACUUCUUAUUGAUUACAAUUACGUUGAGUGCACUCGCUUGGAUUGGAUGUACUUUUAAUAAUUUGUUUUUGUCAUAUGUUUUGGUGACUUUUUUGCUCCUUUUCCCAGGAAUGGAACAUAAUGGGGCAAUUAGAAAAUGGAGUGAAUACAUCAGUACUUAUUUUAUGGAAUUGAUGAGACAAACAAAGUCAAAAGCUGACCAAGAAAAGAACGAUUAAUUUGCUCAAUAAAAACUUGUUCUUUUAAUGUUGUGUGAUACUUUGACUGAUAUAAUUUAAAAUGUAGUUUUAUACAUAAAUAGAUAAUUUUUUAAUGAAAUCGUA